GAGAGGGGCGACUUUUGCUGAUAGCCACGCGCGCUUGGCGCGAUCCGGCUUUGUCGUCAUGGUGCAGGAGGGGCCGAUCAAUGUGAGCUUCAAUGCCCAGAGCUAUGGCGUCGACGUGGGCUUCGACCCCCAGACGCAGGAGCAGUUCCUCUCCUUCCGCUUUGCGGUCACCGUGUCCUUGCCGCAGCUGCUGCAGCAGCUCAUUGAGAUCCAGAAGCAGGACGGCGCUGCGGUGGCGCCGAUCUCGCAGAGCAGGAUGCCAUUCUCACGUGCGGCCGCUGCCCCCGUGGAGGCCACAGCCACUCCCUUCAAGCCUUCCGUGGCCAUUGCCCCAAAGAGCCAGGGUCCGGAGGGGCUGACGCGGACGCGCGGGCAGUUCGCGAUGGACAUCCAGCUCCUCGAGUGCGUCCAGCGGCACGAAACCGCCCAGGUUAAGGAGCUGCUCAAGCAGCGGGCAGACGUGAACUUCCAGGAGGGCACGCCCUACCUGCGCACGCCCCUGCACUUGGCAGUGGAGAAUGGUGGUACUGUGGAUGAGAUUGGCCAUCUCCUGCAGGCAGCGGCCAACGUGAAUGCGGUCAUGGCGCAGGGCAAAACACCUUUGCACGUGGCCGUGCAGCAGUACCGGAAGAUCCCUACAGUGGCCAUCGGUAUGUUGUUAUGCAGCAAGGCGAAGCCUGACACCAAGGACUCCAGUGGGCGUACACCCAUGGACCUGGUGAAACAGGUCUUCGCCCAGCUCUCUGCCCGCGGCCCGGACAACCAGCCGCUCCUUUCUGUGGCUGACAGCGGCAAGGCCCGGCAACUGCUGUCCUUGGUCAUGGACCAACGGAUGGUGGCCUUCAACUUGGAGAGUCAGGAGGUGCAGGGGGUGCACUUCGCAGACACUGAGGGUGACAAGUUGGUCUACGACACAAAGUCUGGCGUUGGGUUGUACAGCAUCAAGGCGCAGCGCACCUUAUUCUUCAAGAACUUGAAGCAGAAGAAUGAGGGCAGCGUGUACAACGUGGCAGUGAAUCCUGAGGCGGGCACCGUUGCUGCCUGCCUGCGUUUCCAGCAGGACACCCCAGAGGCCACGCAAAGCACCAUCGUCAUGGUGAUUUGGCCCAACGGCCAGCUGCAGCACGAAGAGCCCCUGAAGCUGCGGCUACCCCCUACGGCAGUCGUGGACCGAGACUUACUGCCGCCGAUGGUCACCAUGUCCCGCACCCUUGGCACCUCUAUCGUCAUCGGGCGCCUGGCUGAUGGACAGGUGUAUUGCUGGCAGCUGAACUCCGCACGGAGCCAGCUGGUCAGCGAGGUGAAGCUCGCGAGUUGCGCCGGGGUCUUGGCCUCCUCGGACGAUGGGUCCUGGGUGGCCUUAGCCAACAAGGAGACGGGCCACUUUGACGUCUAUAUGUUGGACCUGGCAGCGCACCGGCAGGCGAGACUGGCCUACCAGCCAGUGAACAAGCUGCUGAACAAGAGGCCUGCCCAGAUGUCUGUCCAGAGUCUACAGGAUGCGUGCUUGGUCGCAUUUGUGGAGGAUCUACCGGGAGUGCAGUCCCAACCGGUCAUCGAGGUGACGCGGGCCGGCUGUGACGGGUCGCUGCAGACGGUCUACAGGGUUCCGAUUCCUUCCGCGUGCUCCUUCUUGAGCUUCUGCUACAAGAGCUCAGCAUCGAUCCUAUGUAGCUGCGCGGAGGGUCUACAAUUGGUCUUCAACCUGAGCAAUAGUGAAACGAGCUGCGCCUAUGACAACGUUGGAGUGAGGAGUGUAUCCAUCUCCAAGGACCAGACGCUGCUCGCCUCCGCGGAAAAGAACUUCUUCAAGGUCUACAAGGUGCCAGCGCCUUCGGCAUCCAGCUGAGGCCGCGAGGGAAGGACAAGGAUAUGAUCCGUGAGCAUUUGGCACCGGCGGGUGAACAUGUCGCUUUCAGAACCGCGCCGGGCAAGGCCAUUUUCGGGUUUCAGUUUUGCCCACAAGGUGCC